CGUCACGUCGCACCGGCUGGUGGGCUUCGGGUCCGAUCGGUGGUCCAACGUCGUUUUGCCCCGAUGGCCCUGUUCUGUUGUCAGUAGUGAUAUAACAGACCUCGGGCCCGUCCGGGUCUUGCACGAGCAAAACUUUGUAAAGGUCAAAAGGGGGGAAGAAGAAGAAGAAGAAGAAGAAGAAGAAGAAGAAGAAGAAGAAGAAGAAAAAAAAAGCCCCUCUUUUGUUUCCACUUGUCAACUGGCUGAGAUCGGCGAGGCAGACUCCAUCUGCCCGGAGCAGGACACCAUGUCGGAGGACAACAACGCAGACAAGUUCAUCAAGGAAUCAUCGAUUCUGGACGAGUACAAUAUCAACUGGACACAGAAGUUGGGAGCCGGCAUCAGUGGACCUGUCAGAGUCUGUGUGAAGAAGUCAACUCAGGAACGCCUGGCUCUGAAGAUCCUCAUUGAUCGCCCCAAGGCCAGAAAUGAGGUGCGUCUCCACAUGAUGUGCGCCCACCACCCGAACAUCGUGCAAAUCCUGGAGGUUUACGCCAACAGUGUCCAGUUCCCGCAUGAGUCUAGUCCAAGAGCGAGGCUUCUAAUAGUUAUGGAGAUGAUGGAAGGUGGUGAGCUGUUCCACAGAAUCAGUCAGCACAGGCACUUUACUGAAAAGAUGGCCAGCCAGGUCACUAAACAGAUCAGUCAAGCCUUGGAACACUGUCACUCCCUAAAUAUUGCACAUCGUGACCUGAAGCCAGAGAACCUGCUCUUCAAGGAUAACUCUCUGGAUGCUCCUGUUAAGCUGUGCGACUUUGGCUUUGCCAAAAUUGAUCAAGGCGACCUUAUGACCCCUCAGUUCACUCCUUACUACGUAGCACCUCAGGUACUUGAGGCUCAAAGAAGACACCAGAAGGAAAAGUCUGGAAUUAUACCUACCUCACCCACUCCUUAUACCUAUAACAAGAGCUGCGACUUGUGGUCUCUCGGCGUCAUCAUCUACGUAAUGCUGUGCGGCUAUCCCCCGUUCUACUCCAAGCACCACAGUCGCACCAUCCCAAAGGACAUGAGGAAGAAGAUCAUGACCGGCAGCUUUGACUUCCCCGAGGAUGAGUGGAGCCAGAUCUCCGAGAUGGCCAAGGACAUUGUACGCAAGCUGCUGAAGGUGAAGCCGGAGGAGAGGCUGACCAUUGAGGGAGUCUUGGCUCACCCGUGGCUCAACUGCACCGAGGCCCUGGACAAUGUGCUGCCGUCCGCCCAGAUGAUGAUGGACAAGGCUGUAGUCGCAGGUAUCCAGCAGGCCCAUGCAGAGCAGUUGGCCAACAUGAGAAUUCAGGAUCUUAAUGUGAGCCUGAAGCCCCUGAACUCUGUCAACAACCCAAUCCUCAGGAAACGGAAACUACUCGGCCCAAAGCCCAGUGACAGUUUCUUCAUUCACGACCCGGAGAACGGAGGGGAAGACUCCAACGUAGCGCUGGAAAAACUACGAGAUGUCAUUGCACAGUGUAUACUACCACAAGCUGGAGAGAACGAGGAUGAGAAGUUGAACGAGGUGAUGUACGACGCUUGGAGGUUCAACAGAGACUGUAAACUGCUGCGAGAAGGCCUCCAGGGUCUCAGCUGGGACGGACGAGCCUUCUCGGAUAAAGUCGACCGCUUGAAGUUGGCUGAAAUAGUGAAACAGGCCAUUGAAGAAAAGACGAAUCUCCAAGAAUCUCAUUAGCGAAAGAUGUUUUUUUUUUCUAUCUUCUUUUUAUAUUGUUUAUUAUGACCCUUUUUAACCCAUAUCUGUAAAGAUGCUUUUUAUGUAAAAAUUAUACGCUAAUAUUUUUUGUUUUUCAUGAAUUCACUGGCAAGACCUAUUGUACAGCUGUAGAUAUAUUUCAAAAAAGGACUCAUUGGUACUAUAAUGCUUUUUUUAAAUGGACACUUGCAAAGAACAUGGAAAAAAAACCAACUAUAUUUUCAUUUUUGCAAAAAAAAAAAAGAAAGAAAAAUCAGUGAAAGAAAUUAUUUUCUGGGAGGGAAUUUUUAUUAGAUGUUUGUCCAAGCGAUCAUUUAUUUUAUCCCAGUUGUUUCAUUUUAUUCUAUUUUUUUUUUUUUCUUUUAACCAUCCUAAUAAUUCUAUUUAUUUAAACAAAGAGUUUCAUUAUUUUAUACCUACUUGUAGCCCGGCAACAGGCUCUAAAGUUGAGAAGCUGUCUACGGUUGUGACUUUGUUCUUCCACACACUUGUCUGAAUCUCAGACUGUGUUUAAAUUAUAUGAUUUGUGUGUGUGUGUGUGUGUGUGUGUGUGUGUGUGUGUGUGUGUGUGUGUGUGUGUGUGUGUGUGUGUGUGUGUGUGUGUGUGUGUGUGUGUGUGUGUGUGUGUGUGUGUGUGUGUGUGUGUGUGUGUGUGUGUGUGUGUGUGUGUGUGUGUGUGUGUGUGUGUGUGUGUGUUUGUUUGUGUGACUUUCCCCCUGACCUCUGUGUUAUCUUGAGGUCAAGGCAGAGUGGAAAUGGCGGAAGAAGAAAGUGUCAUGAAAUGCAAAAAAACAGAGCCCCGAUUUUGUUCAUCUUGUCACGACCCCUCAGAAGACCAGAUAGGCGUUAACAAUGGCUGACUCAUUUAGACUAACAAAUCUUUAUUCAAGGUACACUCAGCUUUUCUCCUGAUGUUUUAACUGUCUCACGACCUUCUUUAGAAGAGUUCUUGGGCCAUAAGUGAACCUCAAUUUGAAGCUGUACCGUUUUUUCCCCCCCACAAUCUCUCUUGUUUAAUUCAUACGCAUGAAGGAAUGAAACGGUUUGUCAGCUUCGGAGGAUCGUGUCCGGCCAAGUCAAAUGGGAGUGAAUUAUUUCCCAUUUUAGCUACGGCUGAACAUUUAUGAUGUGAUUCUCACAGUUCAGUCUUGUUGAUGGUGAAACGGGCACAAUCUCUGACGUCAAGUUGCGUCCACUGGAAUUCAGACCAGGGUCAGUUAAUAUUUAAGUGCUUUUCAAAGCAGCGCUAGGGUCACAUGGAGGUCGUUGAUGUCCUGAUGCCAGAAAAGAGCAGUUGGAGUUGGAUUUCAGUGUCAUAAAACUGGCCGUGCUACUGAAUGUGCAAUAGAGCAGCGAGUCAAUCAUGUCCUCAUAAUGCAUGCAUGCACAUGGCAGUGAGAUGGCGUGUCAGACCAUAGACCCGUCUUCAUUUAAAUGGUUAGAAGACAAGCAAACGCUCCCUCCCUUUGCUCGUCCUCACUUUUCAGUCAGUGAAUUUAUAUCACAUCAAUGAUUAGCCUGAGUGAAAUCUUCACUGCGCUGUUUUGCUCCCGAGCUCUGGUCAUUUCUGAUCAUAUUUCUUUCACAGAGCUGUUAAAAUAAGGGAUCCCUGUCGAGGUGCUUGAACGAGGCCCCGUUGAGCCUAGUGAGCAGCAGUCAGGUGGAUGAAAGUGCAUGUUCACGUUUUGUUUAUUUCAAAAAAGAAAUUCCCUUCGGAUGAAGUCUUAGGUUAAUAUAAAUGUAUUCCUGCAAAGCAUAGUUUUCCCUACUGCGUCAUUUACUGUGUUAACUAUGUGUUUUACUCUUUUUUUUUUUUUUUUUUUUUUCAUCUCAAUGAAAAAAAAGUAUGUUUGUUUUGAUUCAUUUGCAGACAUCGGUGCAAUAUGUUGUUGCUUUCCAGUGAAAACCACGCAUCUCCAAUUCUGGUGAUUCUGACUUUUUCUAGAUGAACUGGAGGGAUGAGGUGUUCCUUUACGGAUUUUAAAAGAAUUCUUACUUCUUCAGCUGAAUAAACCAUCUAAAAAAAACGAAUGAACUUUUUCUGAAAAAGACAAAACAAAAAUAAAAUAAAAGGGCUUUUUUAACUUUUGAAAAGUUCAGGAGGGCGAAGGUGUAUUUGUAAACAUGAAGACAAAGUGCAAACUGUCUUUUGUACGUCUGUUUCUCAUUUAGGUUUGGCUAACCGAGGAUAUCGUCGCUAACAUGAUUCUGAGAGAUCACUUUGACUGACAGUUUGUUGGACGGUCUCCCUUACAACCACAGCUUGUGUUCUGAAAAAGGCCUUAUCAUUAUUAUUACGUGGCUAAGUUUAACACUCAAAUGUGCCUUGUUGAUGGGGCGACAUCUUCAUCCUUAAUUGCUCUCAUCAGUUAAACCCCCCCCCCCCCAACAAGUUGCAGGACGAAGGGAAAACUCAGAAUCAUUGAAAGCCGUGAUUAUUAUUUGUCUGCGAUUUGAUUGUUUUCAAUUUGUGAUGUGAAGGUUUUCAAUUCACAAUGCUGGGUAUUGAUUUUGGAACCAUGUUUAACUUCAUGUAGCACCUAGAAAAAAAUAAAAUAAUUGGGAAGCCUUUAUUUCCCAACUGAGACGUUAAAGGAUUAGUUCAUGAUUUUUGAAAAAAUCAUAUAUUUCAUGCUGACAGAAAGAACCACAAUUCACCAUUGCACAUGGAGCUUUGUGUUGUACUAUUCCUUAAACAUGCAUAGCUACCACUACUCCAACUGGUUGCCUGGCAACAGGGCCCAGCCAGGAAGUAGUCUGGUACGUUUUUUUGAAACAAAUAAAAAUGAAUGUUAUUUAGUGAGCUUUACAAAUAUGAAGGUUCUCAUAUUCAUAUUUAAAAGAAAAAAUCCCAACUGCUUCCUGCCGCCUGCUUUUAGAGCUGCAACAAUUAAUUUACUAAACUAAAAAUAAUCUGACUGUUGCAGACAGAGAUGUCAGUACCUUGGAAUAUGAGAAGACUGACAUUUUACACACUAAAGGACUUGUCCAUUAAUGAAGAAUAUAUGUGAAAUUAUUUUAUAAUAAAAAGAAAUCAUUAGCUGCUGCCCUAUUUGUUUAAAUCUUAUGUUGGAUCAUUGGACUGCAACCCAUCAGGCGUACACUAUUGUACAAUCACCGUAGCUUCUAAAACUUCAAGUUGAAACCUGAAAAAAGAAUUGCUGCUGUUCUUGGAUUUUACUUUGACCAUGUGUCUGUGUGGAUGUGUAACAAUGUGUAAUUGAUUUAUGUUUGCCCCUCUGGCUAUGUGUGCGUGUGGGUCGCUUUACUGAAUCAGAGCUGCUUCCUCCAACAACAUCCCCCAUCCCACAAAUAAAAUGUAGAUCCUCUCUGCUCCCUGAGACGGUAACAAUGAAAACCCCCGAGGGAAACACACGGUCACGCUCGGGCAACGUUUACCUGCCGUUAGCUGCUCAGUCUGACUCGGUGUCUGACAUUCAAGUGAACCCAGCAGUAGACAUUCAUUUGUUUCCACUCAUCACUUCCUCUUAUCUGAUCGGUGAAGAGGCACUGAUUUAUUUUAUUAAUUUUUUAACAAGAAAAGGGGCUACACACUUUAAUAAGCACCAGUUACUUCUGUUUCCUCUGCUGUAUGUGCAAUCAUAAAGUACAGAGGUGUUUAUAUAUAUAUAUAUAUAUAUAUUUUUCAUUUUCAAGAUGACAUUUAUUUCACUUGAAGUUGCAAUUCCUGUUCAUAUCGGGGAAAACAUAGAAUCAUUUUUGAAGAACGGAGCCUCAUCUCUGCUGUAUAACUCGUUUCUUUUCUCGCGUCCGGCACUUAUGUAGCAUGAACCCAAAUCCCUUAUGAAGGACUCGCUGUAUUUUCUGUCAACACAUCUAUUUUUUUCUGCCUUUCUUUGGAAUGUCAUCAUCAACAUGCUGACUUUGUAAUAAAGGAACUCUUUGACUUUUCGACA